AUGCAGAGCACUUACAGUAACUUAAGCCUCGACAGACCCAUCAGUGAGAGGACCUGUGUGAGUCCAUCCCUCUCCCCCUGCAGGAGUCUGUCUUCCCCCUCUAAAGCCCCUGUCAGCUUCCAACAAAAACUACCCUCUGACCUCAGGGAGGAGGGUCCAGCUGAAACAGCAAUGCAGGGUCAUGCAGUCAAAUUUGGCCUCACAGACAUUAAAGAGACCCUCAAAGCACUGGAUAACUCAUCUGAGAGCCGCUGGCUGACAGAGUUAUUGCCGCUGUGUUCAGAGUGCCAGGCUUUCAUGAGCAUGGGCAACAAACAGGCAACCAAACUUAAGCCAAAUUGUCAUGGUUACGCAGAAACUUGGGAUGCUUUACCAAAAUCCCCUAGAGUCCAGAUUUCUCGGAAGAGAAGAAGAAGGGCUGAGGGGCUGGUUUACACUGGUGCCCUUCAGGAUAACCUCAAGAUGGUGCCUGGGACCCCACGGGUGCCCCUGAAGGCAAGGAGACUGAGGAAACUCCAGAUAUUGAACUCCUCUUCCUUUGGAGAGUGGGAUUUUGAGGAAGAGAGACCUAUCAUUUGCAUUCCCACAGCCAGGAGAACAAGAACUAUUGGGAGAAUAAGGGAGGAUAUAAAUACUUUAACACAGGAAUUAAAGCCUGUGUGGAGGGCAACGCUGCCUGAUACUUUUCCCGCAAACUUAUCUAGAUCAGUCAGCAAAAAAGAAUCUCUCUCUCCCAGAAGGAAUUUCUCUGAAGAGGAAGGAUGUACUCGUACUGACUCUGACACAGACCUUUCUGAAUAUGACAAUGAGAUCUACUCUUCGUUUAUCUCUAGUACUAAUAUGGAGUCGAAGAGUACCAAGAAUACAAGCCAAAAACAUGAGGGAAAGAAGGUAGACAAUAGCAACACAAACUCCUUUCAGCAUAGGCUUGAGGUGAUGUGGAAGAGGGCUGCAGCUCAGCGAGUAAUGGGCAAGAUUGAAGAGGUGGAAGGGAUAAUACGCCGGGUGAGUCUCACCAGUUCGGACUGGAUCAAGCAAGGUUACAAAGGGGAAGAAGAACCUCAUUUUAUCUCAGACGGAUGGAGAGGAGAGGUGUCAUCAGGGGUUUUGCAGCACAUCCAAAUCCCGCAGCAAAGAUGCAAAGGUGAAUUCAGCACUCAGUUCCCACUGGAAGACAAAGAUAGAGAUUCCAGUGAAGACAAGCUUCUGCUUGUUGAGGAGCUUCAUGCUCUGGGUGAAGCUCUGAGUUGGAGUCUGCAGCAGGUCCUGAGGAUGGAGGGAGCAAAGGGAGAAAGGCAAGGUUUUAAAGAGCCCAAGGAGACUUUUUGUGAGCAGAGCCAGACUACAGAGCCUCUGAAUCCACCAUCACCUCCUCGCCUCUUUGCCUCUGUUGUGCCAAAGAGUGCCUCCUCACACUCUCUUUCAGCAGAUGGAAAAAUCUCUCCUACACCCUCUCUGUCUGCAGUCCUGCAGGCUUCUCCAAUUAAGUCAAGCAACUUAGAAAGAUUGUCCCCCAUCCUGUCGCCUCUACUCAUGUCCAGUCUGAGCGCAACUGAUCAGCAACCAAAAGCAUCUGGGAGUCACGGAGUGUGGACUGAACCGACAGAAGACACCUUAAUUAUUCUGGGGGCUGGAGACUGUGAACGUGCUGUCACAGUCACUGGGAGAACAGAAAAUGAUCGUAGGGACACUCAGGAGCAGUUUACAGAGGACGAGUACCUGUUCUCUUCAGAUGAGGCUCUGCAGAGACAGGAGCAGAUCUGGCAGCAGGAGAUCGAGGAGUCUCUCUCUGUCUGCAGGUCUUUUUCUCAUUCAUCCAGACCCAGACACAUUGACUUCCUGCGCAUCACUGCCCCUGAUGAUGACAUCACUGACACACCCACAACCUCACCUCUCCCCCAAGAUCUGAGAUCAGAGCCAACCACACCAGGAGAAGGAGAGGAACGAAGUCCUGGCCGUUUACAAGCUGUGUGGCCUCCUCUUAAGGAAGAAAAAGUCGGGCUGAAGUACACAGAAGCAGUGUCAAAAGAAGAAGCAGAAGUUAAAGAGCACCAGGCUGCUCUCCUGCAGCUGAAGAGAGAAUGUAAAGAGGAACUACAGAAGUUAAAGGAGGACCACAGUCUGGAACUCUCCAGACUGAGGUUAGAAAAUGAGGAAAAUGUUGCACAUCUGGAGUGCAGCCUUGCUGAGCUGCAGGCCAAACUGUCCCAGGUUGGGACCCAUUGUCAAGGGGAAUUUAAAGAUAUGGCCGUGUCUACAGCAGACGACCUUUUACACAAAUCAUUCCGUACCGUCUGCAUCCAAACGGACCGAGAGACCUUUGUCAAAAUUCCUGAGGAUAGUGAGGGCGUGGGACGGAACUGUAUGUGCCAUCUGCAGCAGAAGGCGGCUCCCAAAAAGUUGGACCUUGCUUCCAUCAGCCUCAGCCUGGCCGGCCAGACGGACAACACACUGUCCUCCUCCUCUUCACCUGUAACUCCUCCUCACGCUGGAGAUGCUGUUCCUCUGUCAGAACAACCACUAGCUCCUUCUCAGACAACAUCACCAACUAAAUCAGAUGUUCUUCCUACUCCUCCUCCUCCGCCACCACUACCUCCACCAUGCUUGGCCCCACCUGUUAACCACAUUCAGGCAUCAAAUGACCCUCCACCACCACCACCACCGCCCCCACCGCCACCACCUCCUCCACCCAUGCCAGGGUUAUCUCUCCCUCCACCUCCUCCUCCUCCAGUUGGAGGUCUCAUGGUUGAUAAAACUCCCAGGAAACCAGCAGUGGAGCCUUCCCGACCCAUGAAGCCUCUUUACUGGAACAGAAUCCAGAUCCAGGAAAACAAUAACAGCACACUAUGGAGUACUUUAGAAGAAACAAACAUAAUUAAUGCCCCUGAGUUUGAGGAUCUGUUUGCUAAAACCACCACACAGACAAAGAGGAAGCCGCUGUCAGAGACUUAUGAGAAAAAAGCAAAGCCCAGGAAGAUCAUUAAACUGUUGGAUGGUAAACGCUCUCAGGCUGUGGGCAUCCUCAUAUCAAGCCUCCACCUGGAGAUGAAAGAUAUUCAGCAAGCUGUACUGACAGUGGAUAACUCUGUGGUGGACCUGGAGACCAUUGAAGCGCUGUAUGAAAAUAGAGCACAGCCGGAGGAGCUGGAGAGGAUCAAGAAACACUAUGAGACGUCAGAAGAAGAGGACGUUAAACUGCUGGACAAACCUGAGCAGUUCCUGUAUGAACUGUCUCAGAUCCCUGACUUCGCAGGCAGAGCUCGCUGCAUUAUCUUUCAGUCGGCCUUCAUCGAUGGGAUCACCUCCAUUCAAUGCAAGCUCAACACUGUCUCACAUGUCUGUAAGGCUCUGCUGGAGACGAGCAGUGUCAGGGAGGUGAUGGGACUGGUUCUGGCUCUGGGGAACCACAUGAAUGGAGGAAGCAGGACCAGAGGGCAGGCCGAUGGCUUUGGCUUGGAAAUCCUUCCAAAACUCAAAGAUGUAAAGAGCAGGGACAAUCGCAUCAGCCUGGUGGAUUAUGUGGUCUCAUACUACUUGCGCAAUGUGGACAAGAAUGCAGGCACAGAGAAGACUAUGUUCCCUCUUCCUGAACCACAGGAUGUCUUCCUGGCAGCGCAGGUCAGGUUUGAUGACCUCGACAGAGAUCUGAGACAUCUUGGACGAGAUCUGACAAAAUGCGAGAAAGACGUACAGAAGGUUUGCUCUGACUCUCCUGAAGAACACCUGCAGCCAUUUAAGGACAAGAUGGAGGCUUUCGUGCUCACUGCACGAAAAGAACACGGUGAAGCUUCUUAUCAGAUGAUGACUGUGCAAAAAAGUUUCCAGGACUUGGUCCUGUACUUUGGACUAAAGCCCAAGACGGGAGAGAAGGAGGUGACGACUGGCCAUUUCUUCAUGCUCUGGUUUGAGUUUUGUGCCGACUUCAAGACCAGGUGGAAAAGGGAGAACAAGAAUAUCUCUAAAGAGAGACUAAAAGAGGCUCAGCUGUCAGUGAAGAGAAUCACAGGAGAGAAGAAGGUGGAGACGAGAAAGACCAACCCCAACAGCCUGAAAGAGCGAUUGCGUCAGAAAGAAGCCAGCAUGCCUUCAACUUAAAGAAACCAAAAAAUCCAGAUCAUUCUAACCGUUGCACAACCAUCCUCACAAAGCUGGAUCCAACGGGAUGUGAACAAGGAUACCAAAUGUGCAUAACCUUUGAAGAAUACAAGAAAAACUGGAGCUUGCAGAGUUUAUUUGGGUACUUAUAUUUGUCAAGUGAAAUAUUUAUGUAAAAUAACUUGACACCUUAAAUAUGUAUCUAAAUUUUAAAUAUU